GCAGUCUAUAGCGGAAGUUCGUGCCGUUAGUGUUGCAGUCCAGGCGGAUCCCGUCAGUGUCUGAUCUCAAACUUUGUGUCAAAACCGAAAAACACUCGGAACCCGGUGAUAUGGGGGAUAAGGAGUUGAUGUGGGCUCUGAAGAACGGAGAUCUUGAUGAGGUUAAGACUCUACUAGUGAAGGCUGAGGAUGUGAACAGGACUCUGGAGGGAGGCAGGAAGCCUCUUCAUUACGCUGUAGACUGCGGUCAGGCCGAGAUACUGGAGUUUCUGCUGUCUAAAGGAGCCGAUGUCAAUGCUCCAGAUAAACAUGGCAUCACUCCGCUGUUGUCCGCUACUUAUGAAGGUCACGUGGCAUGCGUCAAGAUACUUCUAGAAAAGGGUGCUGAUAAGGAACGGAAAGGUCCCGAUGGUCUCAGCGCGUUCGAGGCGGCCGAGAGCGACGCCAUCAAAGCACUACUGAAGUGAGUCACACGCUGUCGGCAACAGAGAGAGUUCGACCGCAGCCACUGGAUCCAACACACACACACCUCUCUGUCUCUGCCCGCGGGCUGCAUACGGCUCUAGGUUUCCUUUUGUUUUUCUUUUAGUUUUCUCCAUGAUCUUUUUUUAUUCUGUGGAUGGGUGGGUCUCUAGUGUAUAAGAAUCAGCCAUUGGUUGAUGGAGCUGUCACUCAUGUCAUGCCUCCCAUAUGGACCAAUGGGAAAGCGGUCAGACUGCGCCUAUAAAACACCACUAAACACGGGCUUUAGAGUUCAGACUACAGCGCAAAGAGUCGAGUGUAAAAUGAUGAUGUGUACAUUUAUUUUUUUAGACUAUAAGGCCACAGAAAAAGUGAUUGUAAUGUAGAAACGGAUGGUUGUAUAGUUGAAAGGGCUUUUGAAAACAUUUGAACAAUGAAUUUACCUGCGCUCCAAUCCUGCUUAUUCUCUUAUAUAAUAAUGAUUGCUUCAAACAUUUCACUGGCCUGAGCGUUUGCUUUUGUGCCCCUUUAAAACUGUGUUGUUGUAAAAUAAAAAUAAAAUUGAUUCUCAGCUGCUGUGCGCUUUUUAGUGUUAAACCGGUUAGCCAGAUGGGCAGAUACCCCCUCUCUCUCUCUCUCUCUCUCUGUGUGUCUCUCUCUCUCUCUCUCUCUCUCUCUCUCUCUCUCUCUCU